CUAUGAUUAGUUACAGCAUCAUAACAGGAGAUACAUUAAACAAAGUUUUUCCAAGACUCCCUGGAGUUGAUCCCGGUAACUUUUUUAUUGGUCAUCACUGCAUUUCUGUGCUUGCUAUAGUUGUCUUUGCCCUUCUUUUAUCCCUGUACCGUGAUAUAGCAAAGCUGAGAAAGGUAUCCCUCAUUUCCUCAAUUUUAACAAAUCUAAUUUAUCGUGUAAUUGUAAGAGUGGUUACAGUGGAUCCUUACAUCCCGAAAACAGAAGACACCUGGGUAUUUGCAAAGUCAAAUGCAGUCCAAGCAGCCGGAGUUAUAUCUUUCGCCUUCAUCUGUCAUCAUAAUAGCUUUUUAGUUUAUGGAUCUCUAGAAGAACCAACAGUAGCUAAGUGGACCCAGGUCAUUCAUGUGUCAGUCUUGGUAUCUGCAUUUAUCAGUUUGCUGUUUGCUACCUGUGGGUUUCUGACAUUUACAGGUUAUACCCAAGGAGAUUUACUUGAAAACUAUUGCAGAAAUGAUGACCUUAUUACAUUUGGAAGGUUUGUUAUGGAUCACUUAAUUUUGACUUACCCAACUGAAUGUUUUGUGACCAGAGAGGUAAUAUCCACUGUGUGUUUUGGUGGGAACCUGACAGCAGUUUUCCAUAUUGCAGUGACAGCAGCUAUCAUUGCCAGGGCCACCAUCAUAUCUUUGGCGAUUGAUUGCCUGGGAAUAGUAUUAGAGCUCAAUGGUGUCCUCUGCGCGGCUCCACUUAUUUUUAUCAUCCCAUCAGCCUGUUAUCUCAAGUUCUCUGAAGAGCAAUGAAACCUCUUUGUUAAGAUUAUGUCCUAUUUGAUGCUUAUUGUUGGUGCCAUAAUGAUGGGAGUUGGAUUCAUUAUGGUUGUCAUGCAUCCUCAGGACUGCAGCCAUGGGAAAGAAAUGUUUUAUUGCUCGUCAGAAAACUUCUCUUUUCCCAAUAUAUCAUUUUCUCAUUUUCAGCCAUCAAAAGAGCCUUCAGUCUUAAACAUGACUGCCUUCCAAUGAGUUGACUGCUAAUAUAAAUGUGAGAAAGUCUUGUUCUUAA